GAGCCGCACAGCGCCGGGAGACGCCGAGCUCCAGAGAUGUCUCUCUCCAACCAGCAGCCCGCUGCCCUGUCUGAAUACAGCCAGCUGUGCAAGGGCAAGACUGAGAGCUUCUCGGAAGCUUUCCGCUGCAUGGAGACCCCGAAAGACUUCGGGAAAACGGAAUUCGAAUGGCAGAGGACGGAGGGGAAGCUGAAUGAGAUUGGCUUGAAUGUGAACUCGGGGGGACCGAUGAAGGACGGGCUGGUUAAGAACGCCGGUUUCACGGAUGAGGACAAGCUGUGCUUCUUUGAAGGCAAAUUAGACAAAGAGCUAAAAAUAGCUCAGAAAGACAAAAGAGAAAUUGAGGUGCAAGGCAAAGCGUAUCAGGCGGCUGCGGGUCACCUUGAGAGCUGGUCUUUGAUCGCCGACGCGUUCCCUUCGGCCGAGGGGAGCUUUGCAAACCCCAAAACGACCGAUUUCCACGUGGGGCCAACAGGAGCUGAGAAACCGUGCCCUGGGCUGGGCAAAACCACAGCCAUCACCGACCAGGAGAAGGCAGCCGGGAGGGCCGGCGUGGAGAGCCGGAGCCAGGCAGAGCCCAGCCCUCUGUCUGUGCCGGGGAGCGAUCCCGGUAAGAGCACCAAGGAGCAGGAGGUCAGCGUCUGGAACCCCAAUUUCCACCCUGUCCUGCCUAAUGAUUCGGGCAGUAAAGAAGCAGCCGUGAAAAAAGAUGGAGCCCCCAGCUAUUGUGUGGUCGGGGUGGUUAAUGACAACUAUGUGCAGAGUGGAUUUCCUUCUUCCUCGACCGCCGCGAAGAUGGAGCCCCCAACCACCACUGUCGAGCUGGCACAAGAUGACUCCAAAAGUCACUUCAGUAACGCUGCCGAGAUGGAGGAAGAGAUGGAGGAAGAGAUGGAGGAGAAGCUGAGCUGUGCAGACGAUGGUUUUCUGAACAGAGCUGCCCAGCAAAGGAAGGCGAUGAGGCGUGCCAUGUCCGAGUGCUCGCACUUGUCCGUGCCCCUAACCCUCAACCUGGCUGACAAGUACCCGGAGCCGGUGCUCCGCGAAGACGUGGCCACCGGGCUGCUGUCCCCCAGCAGCAGCCUGAGCCAGUGCUCCAGCCCCACGGCCAGGAAGCAGAGCGCUGCCAUCAAGAGGUCAAUGACGGUGGCAGAAGAGCAGGCGGCCGGCGUCGGGUUGGGCACAGAGCUGCCCAGUUUGGUGAUACGGGAGCACCCCGAGUGCGCGGCCGAGGAGCCGAGCUCCAAGAAGAAAGAGGAGCGCGGCGGGGUGGGCAGGAAGGAGCUGAGCAGCCCCAGUGCGUAUCACAGCAAGCUGGAGCAAAUCCCUGAGAUGGGCUGCCUCGAC